CCUACAUGGUGGCAGCGGAGCCCAUUUGAAAUGUCGACGACACCGCCCCCGCCUACGACGCUGCCAGUUCCAUCGACUCUACUACCGGCUCCGAAACCCCUGGAUACGUUAGACGACGCCUGGCUUGGUUGGAGAACAUGGAAGAGCGGAGGUUCGCUACAUGGGACACAUCCUUACUACGCAAGGCCUGCGCAUCGACCCGGAGCGUGUUCAGGACAUUCUGGAAAUACCCGAGCCUAAGACCAGUAAGCGGCGGCAGACCCGGACCCUCCUGCCGGUACCAACAACUCACCUGGAGCCAGAGGCCAUACCCAGCAAGGAUGUCCACGACCGUCUCCAGGCGAUCCGGCACCGGCAUAAGAUCCACUACGACCGCGGCGCCAGGAACCUUUCCCCGCUGACGCCGGGACAACAUGUAACGACGUACGACACUCUCCAGAGAACCUGGUCUCCAGCUAUUAUUCUAAGGCCAGCCGCAACGCCAAGAUCUAACAUUGUGAAGACCGAAGACGGCCGUGAAAUCCGUCGCACAAGAAAGCACCUGCGGGAGGCAGCACCUCAACCAGAGCCACAAUCAACCUCGCAGGGGCCUUCAGAAGAUGACCUCCAGCCUGGACAACAGCAGUUGCACAGGAGCACAAGAUUGCGUCGGGAACCCUGUCGAUACCCGUUGCCAGAUGAAACUUCUAGACCUCAUCAUUAAAGGGGAGAUGUGACCAUAUCACGCUGUCAUUCUGAUAGCGCCCAGACUGUUAACACGUGACGGCUACGUCACCCAUUUCCAAGUGUACUUAUAUCGCUCCCUCCCAUGAAUAAACCGCUUCCGUUACCGGAUCACUGGCUUGCCUACAACGUCUGUAUCACUAUAGCCUAGUGUUGUCAUCCAAAAUGAUAAUAGUAACGGCUUACUUAAUAUUGCCCUACUUUGUCUACUGAUUCUAUUUUCUUACAAUUGUGACAUAGAGGGGACAUCAUCAGACCAGAUCUAUGUGUAUGAGAACUCAACUACGGGAUGUGACAGUGUAAGCUGGUGUAUGUAACUUUCGAUGGCUGAGAAGAACACCAAUAGUUAUUCCAGCGAAAACCGAAAUGUUGAAAGUCUGGAGUUGUUAUUAGAGCUAAUUUCUUUAAAUCAUUUUUAGGCAACAUUUUCUGUACCUUAGUCCAGUGACGUAAGUUGCAUGCAGUAAUAUGUGAAUCAAAGGUCAACUUAAAGACUUUCUGGCUCAUAUCUGCCAUUUCG